AGCGGAGCAUGUCGGCGCUGCGGAGGAAGCUGGGGGACGAGUACCAGGUGGUGAGCACCUCGGCCAGCGGCGGGGGGCUGCCGCCCCCCCGGGCGGCCCCGCGGGGGAAGCGGCAGCGCUUCGUGGACAAGAACGGGCGCUGCAACGUGCAGCACGGGAACCUGGGCGGCGAGACCAGCCGGUACCUCUCGGACCUCUUCACCACGCUGGUGGACCUCAAGUGGCGCUGGAACCUCUUCAUCUUCAUCCUCACCUACACCGUGGCCUGGCUCUUCAUGGCCUCCAUGUGGUGGGUCAUCGCCUACAUGCGGGGCGACCUCAACAAGGCGCACGACGACAGCUACACCCCCUGCGUGGCCAACGUCUACAACUUCCCCUCCGCCUUCCUCUUCUUCAUAGAGACCGAGGCCACCAUCGGCUACGGGUACCGCUACAUCACGGACAAAUGCCCCGAGGGCAUCAUCCUCUUCCUCUUCCAGUCCAUCCUGGGCUCCAUCGUGGACGCCUUCCUCAUCGGCUGCAUGUUCAUCAAGAUGUCUCAGCCCAAGAAGAGGGCCGAGACCCUGAUGUUCAGCGAGCACGCCGCCAUCUCCAUGCGGGACGGCAAGCUCACCCUCAUGUUCCGGGUGGGCAACCUCCGCAACAGCCACAUGGUCUCGGCGCAGAUCCGCUGCAAGCUGCUCAAAUCCCGCCAGACCCCGGAGGGCGAAUUCCUCCCGCUCGAUCAGCUGGAGCUGGACGUGGGCUUCAGCACAGGGGCCGACCAGCUUUUCCUCGUGUCCCCACUCACCAUCUGCCAUGUGAUAGAUGCCAAGAGCCCCUUCUACGACCUCUCCCAGCGCAGCAUGCAAACGGAGCAGUUUGAGAUUGUCGUCAUCCUGGAGGGCAUCGUGGAAACGACGGGGAUGACGUGCCAAGCCAGGACAUCCUACACCGAGGACGAGGUGCUCUGGGGUCAUCGGUUCUUCCCUGUUAUCUCCUUGGAGGAGGGGUUCUUCAAAGUCGAUUACUCGCAGUUCCACGCGACGUUUGAGGUCCCCACGCCCCCGUACAGCGUGAAGGAGCAGGAGGAGAUGCUGCUCAUGUCCUCUCCCUUGAUAGCGCCCGCCGUGAGCAACAGCAAGGAAAGGAAUAACUCGGUGGACUGCCUGGAUGGUCUCGACGAAGUUGGCACAAAACUACCUUCAAAACUGCAGAAAAUAACCGGGAGGGAAGACUUCCCCAAAAAACUCCUCAGGAUGAGUUCCACCACCUCUGAGAAGGCCUACAGCAUGGGGGAUUUACCCAUGAAACUCCAGCGGAUCAGCUCGGUGCCCGGGAAUUCGGAGGAGAAACUGGUGUCUAAAACCACAAAGAUGAUGUCGGAUCCCAUCAGCCAGUCGGUGGCCGACCUGCCGCCCAAGCUGCAGAAGCUGUCAGGCGGCGGCAGGAUGGAAGGGAACCUUCCACCCAAACUGCGAAAAAUGAAUUCGGAUCGGUUCACAUAACCCGACGGGACUUGUAGCUAGCGUUUAGAGCUUGAACUGCUACCGGCACGGGCAGCGUGGGCAGGAGAGCAGGCCCUCCACCAGCCGUGUGUGUGCUAAACCCUGUGGUCCCCGGCGUGCCGGGAGGCAGGAGCAUCCCCUCGGUAGCGGUGGCUGCGCUGUAAGUACGAACGACGGGACGAUCGGCGAGCUGGUGUUCGUUGGCAUGUAGUAUCACAACACGCAUGCAAUAAUAGUGUGCAAUUUUUGCAUAUAGUUUUAUGGCAUGACUCCUACUAUAUUUAUACUGUAUAUUCUGAAAAAAAUAUGGAAAGGGGCGUUCCUUUCCCCUGUAUUUCUUAAGAGUAAGUAGUAGGUAAAACAUGCGAGUGGGUAACUUUCGGGGUGAGUUCUAAUUUGAUUUGACAAUGGUUUGGUUUUUUUUUUUUUUUUCCCCGGAUGUGGAUCGUGAUGUUUUGUUCAACAAAGUAGUUAUGGUGCAUGUCUUUUUUCUCAAAAGAAGGUGUAUUAGUUAAGUCCUAACACCAAUUCUGCUAGCCUUAACUUAACUGCUGGUUUCUCUUUUGCUUUAACAUUUUCUUGGGGGUUUCUCUUCCUGCAUCUAGGCUACUGGAAAAAAAUUAAAAUGUAUUUCGUAAGGCAUUGUUUAGAGAAGAAAAUUGUAUUAAUAAGCCUAGGCAAAACAAUAAAUAAAUGAAUAAAAUUCACUCUUUAGAUACGAUCGGUAAAAUUUUUUUUAAAUAUUCAUUAUUUAUAAUAUAUGUGCAAGAAAAGCAUUUUAAAUACGCAGGAAGUACUUGAUUUCUCGUGUUGAUAGAAUAGCUAACCAUGAAAACAGCUGAAUGUCUCCGUGAAGCCAAGCAGGCGUUUAUUCUGGACGAACUGCGCCCCAAAGGCAGACUCAGAAUUCCCCCUAAUUCCGCAGUGCCCAGCCUUCGCUCCCCCUUGCUUCGAUGGCCCAGUCGGGCCGGUAGCGAUGCAGGCGGCGGUGGCGUCAGCCGCGCUCUCGCAGCCGGAGCUGUGCGGCGCCGCGGCGAGCCCCGGGCUCGGGCAGGCGCGCGGCUCCCCGCCCGCGCUGCCGGUGGCUCGCUCCUUACUGCUUUCUCUAUGGUGAAAAUAAUGUUUAAACAUGUUCUUAACUGAAGUUGACCCUGUGGGUUUCAAAAUGAGUAAUACUUUGUAUAAAUGUUCGGUUUGAUAUCCUUCUGUGCUUGUGUUCGGGUUGCCUUUUCCAUCUUCUUUUGCUCCGGUGGGGUCGAGCCAGGAGGGCUGGGUGUUGUGCAGGUGCCCCCGUCAUCGUGGCUUGAGGUGCUGGAGCACCCCACACCACCCGGGACCCUCCCCAGAACGCUGGAGGUCGGCUGCUGUGGUGCCCAGGGACACCCGUGGUCUGUGUUUGGGGGCCAGGUCGCGAUGGCUUCCCCGGGGCUGCUUGGAGGAAGAGGUCUGGGCGAGAUGGAGCGAUGGGUGGCACCAUCAGAGAGCCAGGUACGAAAGGCACCGCACGCGGCCGCUGGGGAAGGGGCUCUGCGCGACAUCGUCUGUGUGUUAAAAAAAAAAACCCCUUGAGCCCACGGCCGGGGGUCCCAGACACGGACGCGCGUGGGUCAGGAGGUGCAGGCGUAGCUGCGGUCAUGGACGGGCGGUUCUGACUCGCGGGCUCUGGACCAUCCUGCACGAAUGCUGAUGCUCGCUGCGUGACUGAUAACAGCAGAUCUGAUGGUCUUGGAGGAAUAAAAGAAUUUGGUUUUGUUACACACGUUGGCACGGAGUGAGAACCCAGAAGCUCAGCCCUGCUGGAGGAUUGGCUCAGAGACCGCUGUGGCUCAGUGCUUUCCCUGGAAGUUGCAGUGUACGACCCGCCGGUUGUACGCCCAAGGACUUUCUGCUAACUUCCAAAGUCUCUUUCCAUUGUUUAUCAUGGGUUUUGAGUGGCACUGCAUGCUUUUUACACCUUUGGCUGUACUUCAAAUCUCUGCACGUGACUGUUGAAGGGAAGGGCGUGCAUUGCUCCCCGUGGGCUGAUCCUGUGCUCUACACGUGCAACGAGCAGACCCCUCACGUGGCAAGGGUAAAAUCUGGACUUCUUUUCCCCCCAUUUGCUAACACUUCCUCAGGUUGUCUUGUAAAAUACUGCUGAUUUUUGUACCACAUGUAACUCUUCUACCGGUCCUUGACCGACAGCAAAAAUAGCCAUGUACAAUUGCCAGGUGUCAGCAGUAAAAAACACCACCAGCGAGCCAAGAACGUUAAUCAGCACGGUAACCGCCGCCGGUGGCACAGCCGAGCGAUUGAGCAGAUCGGUCUGGUUUGGAAAGAAGGGUCUUCGGCAGCUUGACCCCCUCCUCAAAAGCUCCUUCGGUUUAGUCAAGGUGGGUGGAGGACCACUGCCGCCUUCCCAGGAUGGUGCUGGAGCGUGCCCCAACCAACCCGCUGCCGUUCAGUGAUGCUGCUGUGGUGCUGGUGCCCACGGUUUUGUGGCUCCGGUGGCGUCCCCCUCCCUGGGGCACUGGGGUCCCACCGGGGGGGUGGGGCUGCCCACCUCUGCCCAGGUCUCCCACCCACCACCUGAAGCUCUCAGCUUGGGGAAUGGCUCAUGGUCCGGUUGGCUUUUCUUUAUGGAAAAGUGAAUGCGCCGUGUCCCCAGACUAAGAGCAGAGGUGUUUCACCAGCCGUGCCCCGGGGCCGCCAGCAUCCUCCCUCCCGAAACCGAGGGGAAGGUGCGUGGCUCCGGCUGCUCAGCGGCUGCAAAGUCCUGCCUUCGGGAGACCCAAGCGGCGUUUCUCUUUGGGAAACUUUGGGUUGAUUCUGUGUGCGAGAUUGAUUUAAGAUUGAUUGCUUUAAGCGUGGGCGUGUUCUGUAAGUUAAACUUAAAAGAGGUGACAGGAGAAGUGCCAUAGCUGUAAAAUACACUGGCCAUCGGCGUGGCCGCAGCUUACUCGGUAGCCUGCAUAAAAAACAAAACCUGAAAGUAUGUGAAACGCUGGGAAAGUAUCCUCGCUUUUAUUAAAUUAAUGCCAUAGAAAAUAUUAAGUUAUGAUUAACUGAAAAUUUUGAUUUUUUUAAAAAAAUCAAAAUAUGCACCUGUCCUUGCUGGAUGCAAGAUCUCUGGGGCUCGUAGCUUGUAUUGCAACUCGUUACCUAUGUUAAGGUGACGAUAUGUGCGUCUUUCGUUAAUAAAAGUACAAACAUGAACGCUAACGUUCUUUAGUUAUUCAUUUUAGGAAGUUUUUUUUUUCUGGUUAAUACUUCAUUUUUGUUGGUGUGGUCGCUUGUUUUUUUUCCCUAAUUAACAUUUUAGCCCAGCCCUAACGCUUAUGCUAAGAAAAAGUAACUGAUUGCACAGCCGGUCUGUGUUCUCUACUGCUGAAUUUAUGCUUGAAUUAUAUUGUAGAUUGUACAUAUUCAGAUUAGAAUAAACCAAAUGCAUUUUCCAGCAUGCAGUCUAUAACUGUAUAAAUGUACAAGUUUAUUUGAAUUAUACGAAACAACAAACUCUUGUAUUCAUUAAUACUGCAAGCUCAGUUUUAUCUAAAGCUAUAUUAAACUUUCAAAAAUUGUUCAGUUUAAAUGUGUUUGUCUUUUAUCCAGUCCACUUUUUAUUACUUUAAUAAAUGACUAUGUAUUCAAACUG